UGCGCUCAGGGCCCGUUCUUAUGGCUGCCCGUUCUGGCCCCGGCUGUUGUCGCUGCCCCCGUGUGAAGGUGAGGCGUGGUGGCAGAACUCCACCGCCUCGGACAUGCUGCUUCCGGUGGAUCACGCGGCCGAGACAGCCGCUGAUCUCGUGGCCUCGCUAGGCAAGCGCGGGACCCUGGAGCCCUUCAUGGAGAACGAGCGGUUGAUGGCCGCCCUGUCUGAGAGGUCGCGGCGCGUAGCGGCGCCGCGGGGCGGCUCCAAGGUCCACGGGAGCGGCGCGGCGGGCUUCCGGGACGUGCCCGGGGAGCAGAUGCUGGGGCUGGAGGC